CCUAUAUCUCAAAACCUAAAAGAAAGACGCCUCGCAAGCCCGCCUUACGCGAACGCCUGACCUCAGAGACCCACAUGUUCGAGAAAUCAACAGCGAAGCUUAUGUCCUCUGAGUAGAAAAAACAACUAAUAUUUAUCUUAUUACCUAGUUACAACCCCAAAGCAUGGUGAUGGAGUCCGACACAGAAUCCGACUUCUCAGAGGAGGAGUAUUCGGACUACGAGGAGCUGAUCUCCGAUGAAGAUGAAUCAGAUAGUGAGCUGCAAAGAGCCUUUGAAAGAGGGGACAUAAAGCCUGGAUUGAACUUUGCUGCGGACAUUGAUGAACGCAAUAAGGAAAUGAAAAAUGAUGUGGCUGGCCUUCAAGAAAAACUAAAAGAGUUCAAGCAGACUUUGCCGUGGAUUGAACGACUAGAUUUUACCAACACACCUGCUCCUUUGGCUCCAGAGUUAGACGUUGAGAUAGCUGAACACGCCAGAGUACGCGAGACCAGGAUGAAAGGCACAGUGAAGAAUUUCAACCUAGAAGAAGACCCAAUCCACAAUGACUUCAAACGGGAAAUGAUGUUCUACAGACAGGCUCAGCAGGCGGUCUUGGAUGGCUAUGAACGGCUUGAGAAGCUGGAGAGGCCCACGCUUAGGCCUGAGGACUACUUUGCAGAAAUGGCGAAGAGCGAUGGUCACAUGCAAAAGGUCCGAAAAAGGCUGAUGAACAAGAAGGCAGGCCAGGAAAUGAGCGAGAAGGUGAAGAAGAUCAGAGAAAUCAAGAAAUUCGGCAAGAGAGUCCAGAUCGAGCGAGAGCAACAGAAGCACAAGGAGAAGAGAGAGAUGUUAGAGAAAGUUAAACAGUUUAGGAAGGGCAAAACAGACAACAUUGAUUUCCUGAGCAACAAACCACUACGAGAACAGAGAAACAGAGUAGAUGGAAAAAAAACGAACCUUCGGCGAGCAAUGAAGGACAGGAAGUACGGCAAGGGAGGCGUACGGCGCAACGAAAAGAGGAACAGAGGAAACGACAUGGAUGACGAGCCAGGGUACGGGGGGGGCUUCCAGAAGGGGGGGAACAGGUUCAAGGCCGGGAGAGGGGCCAAGGGGGGGAAAGGGGGCAAGAACGCGGCCAAGAUGAGACCGGGCAAGAGACGCAGGCAAGAGAUGAAGGGACGCUAGAAUUAGGUAUAUUUAGGAAUUUCAAAUUGCGUGAAUGUAUUACUUUUUUUUCUUUUUCUUUUUUUUCUUAUUUCUUUUUUUAAGAUUUAAGAAUGUACGAGUCAGGGAUAGAUAUAUGUUUUUUAUUAAUAUUGAUGUAAAGAGGAGUGCUUGUAUGUUUUCUUUGUAUUCUGAAAGAGGUAGAUUCAAUUUGCAUAUGUUUAUUGCUCUGAUAUAUUUUACUUUAAAGAGAAAAAUAUUUGCAUUUCAUAAGAUAGAUCUUAUUGUCAAUGUUCUGAAAUGUUUACAAAGAAGAGUAUAUGCGAGAUAAUUCUUGAAAUUAUUAGCAGUAAUGUUGAACUAUUGUAGGGCAUUGAUUCUUGGCUCUUGGUGGAAAUGUACUUGGUAGGGACUUGAUUUUACAGUUAUUGUGACUGUAGCCAGACAGUAACCUUUUUACUGGAUGUUAUGUACAAACAGUCAUACUUCUCCAACUGUAAUAAAAGAUUUGGAUGUA